AUGGCGUCGCGGCCCUCUGUGAGUGCGUCUAGUGACGCAGCGUGUCCGUCUCGUUCCGAGCCGCUUUUGUUUACCACUUCGAAGGUAGUUGGAGCGCCCCGCUCUGUCCGUGAGGGAGCAGGUGGCAGCCGCCGCGCCUCUGCUGAGGACAAGCGUCAGAGUUCACGGCAGCCAUGGGGAGAAAAGCCGCAUAGGGAUCGAGGGCGAAGCUCAGCAAGGGAAGAUUACGAACCAGGUCACCAGCCUGUGUCAGAAGCGGGGUCGCUUCACAUUCCCGAGGGGUUUUCGAGGUCCACUCAGCUAAUGAAACUGAGGAACGGUCAUUACCGCCGUAUUUGUCGUACAGAUCGCAACGGCAAUGACAGUGCUCCGUGCGCGAGUGAAAAGACGGCUCGCGCCAUGGCGCCACUCGGAGAUUGUACCUGCUGUGGGGUAGAAGAUCCUUCGCAGCCAAGUCACCGCGAAAGAAUCUGCGUGAACUGUGUGAGACUAGAGGCCAAGCUGAGGGAUAUGGGGGAUCGCAGAGAAGCAUCCUCUUGCAAGAAACGCGCCGAAGAGGACCUAGACAUGAUCAGUCGCUUGAGGACAAAGGUCGAGGAGCUGCAGGAUGCUCUUCGGACGGCAGAUAAUCGGAUCACAACACAGCGCCAGGUUGAGCAGGAACAACUGCAUACCAUCUGGGAGCUGAAACGGAAACUGAGUGAGACUGCCAAACACCAGUGCGAGAACACGGAGGUUAGCAAGCGUGAGCACGCGAACCAUGAGGUUGACAAUCGUCAGCACGUGAAUAGUGAAAUUGCGCUGCAGGCCCCCACAAUGGAAGACGUGGGUAUACAGACCAAAAAGGUGGGAGUCGCCAUCUUGAGGUGCCCUCAACUCAGAGACGGCAUCUUUGUUCAAGUUUUGAUCGGCGAGGAACGCAAAGUCAUGGCUCUCAGGGUUGACUAUCAAGUGCGUCUGCUCGUACUAGCUAGGCGAGCUCUCUUGAAGUUCAUUCCUGUGCUUGCGCUCGUUCGCAUUGUGACAGCCCCUAAAGACGUGCGCCGGUUGCUGGCUGACGAGGGAGUGCACAGAAAAAACGUGACAGACGAAGAACUCACUCGCGUUGCCGCUUUGUUUGUCACGACAGCCAAAACGGCUCUGCCUCUGAUGAUUUUGCUGUCAACGGGGAAGCUCAGGGACCGCCUUGUUUUGCAUUUAACUCAGUUGCGGUUCUCAGCGGAGCUGGAACGUGGUCACGUCUCAGGCAAGACUUUCCAGGGCGAUCAUCUGAAGGAUGGCUGGCUGGACUUAUCCAGACAAAAGAAACAUCAAGCAGACGAAGAUAUCAAUAAACGGAACUAG